GCGUGAUCUUCCUUGUAAUGGUUCCGUUGUGCUGUCUUGCUCCCAACACAGCCCUGGAUGACGAUCGCUCUAUUACCAUAUCUUCAGCUAAGCCCAGGAUCACAGACAUGGCAACAGACUCAUCAAUAAACCAGGAUUCAACAGACGCUAAAGUUAGCAAUGGAUUCCCUGCACCAAACACACAAGACUCCAUCACAUCCACAACCCAAAACACAAAAAGCAGCCAUAACCUCAAAGAUUCUAUAAAUCUUCACGGCACCAUACGGCCAGACAAUCAAAACAUACACCGCUCACAAGACCCACUGAUAAUAAAAUGGUCAUUAGUGAGAGAGUCCGAUUUCGAAAACCAGGAAGCUGCAACAAACCAUGAUGAUCAGGCAUCGUUUGGAGAGAAGAAAAAGGAGGUAGUGAAGGUGUCGCAGAUAUCCACAGUGGGUUCAGUGGCAGACAUGGCCAGUAUCCUUAUAAAAGAUGCUAUGAUAUGUCUCUCUAGCAUCGAUGACUUUAAAGAUGACUUCGUUAUGUCCACACUACACAUGUCUUGGGAGGAUGCUGAUGAACAAUACCCACCGGGAACAGUUGAGGAACCCUUCUUGCCAGACUUGCCGGACGCAGGGUCUUACUCUCCCCUUGACUUCAACUACGAACUGGUAAGAAUAUACGGUCUGAUGCAGCACUACACUGUGGCCCUCGAGUUCCUCAGCCUUGACCAGUCCCUCUAUUCAAACGUCUCCGUCCAGCAGAUAGACCAAGUGGAUCGUAACCUGAACGUUCUUAUGCUCCACAUGAAGAACUUUAUUGGUGACCAAGGACUUCAACCCGACAACAAUACAACGGAGAAACUAGUGAAGAUGACUUAUGAAAGGGGUGAGGAGACUUCCAGGAAUAUGAGAGACUUCGAGAUCCUGCGUGACAUUAAGAAUGGCCUUCUACACCUCAACGUCGUCUUUAGUAGUUACAUAUGAAUUUUUUACACCAUUUGUUCCCCGGGCAAGGCUUAUUUUAUUUAUAUUUAUUUAUAUAUAUAUAUUUUAUAUAUGUAUAUAUUUUAUAUUAUAUAUAUAUGUAUAUAUUUGCAUCAAACUAUCAUCAUGUAUGUACACAAUCGACUUGAGAAUUUGAAUGAAAAAAUGCAUUACACCAUUAAAUGUAAUGAAACAACCCGUUCUCACACUAGGCUGUUUAAAGCAGCGCCCGUCCUUUCCAGACG